CAAAACAUUAGCCGCUCAAUUAUGUAGCUCCGAAUCUGUAGCCCUAUUGUCCGAUUAAUUUCGUUUUCUCUAGCGCUGCUUCUUCAUCUUCUCCUCCUUCACCUCCCCAAAGUAUCCGAAACCAAUCCCCAAACCGCCGCCGUCCGAUUAUUGUCAUCUUAAUUACUAUUAUUAUUUUGUAACAAUGGCCACUGUCAUGCAAAAGAUCAAAGACAUCGAAGAUGAGAUGGCAAGGACUCAAAAGAACAAAGCAACAGCUCAUCAUCUGGGCUUGCUCAAGGCCAAACUUGCAAAGCUACGAAGAGAACUCCUUACACCUUCAUCAAAAGGAGGAGGUGGUGCAGGUGCAGGUGAAGGUUUUGAUGUUACCAAAAGUGGAGAUGCAAGAGUUGGUCUAGUAGGUUUUCCUUCUGUGGGGAAAUCUACGCUUCUUAACAAGUUGACAGGAACAUUUUCAGAGGUUGCUUCCUAUGAAUUUACUACAUUGACUUGUAUCCCGGGUGUGAUCAUGUAUAGAGGGGCUAAAAUCCAGUUGUUGGAUCUUCCGGGUAUUAUCGAGGGUGCUAAAGAUGGCAAGGGUAGAGGGAGACAGGUUAUCAGCACUGCCAGGACAUGUAAUUGUAUAUUAAUUGUUCUUGAUGCAAUAAAACCAAUAACUCACAAGCGUCUUAUCGAGAAAGAGCUUGAAGGCUUUGGUAUAAGGUUGAACAAGGAACCACCUAAUUUGACAUUCAGAAAGAAGGACAAGGGUGGUAUUAAUUUCACCUCCACUGUUACUAAUACUCACCUGGACCUUGACACUGUAAAGGCAAUAUGUAGUGAAUACCGAAUUCACAAUGCUGAUAUCACUCUAAGGUAUGAUGCAACUGCUGAUGAUCUAAUAGAUGUCAUUGAAGGCAGUAGGAUAUAUAUGCCUUGCAUCUAUGUGGUGAACAAGAUUGAUCAGAUUACACUUGAAGAGCUGGAAAUAUUGGAUAAACUUCCUCAUUACUGCCCAAUCAGUGCUCACCUGGAGUGGAACCUCGAUGGUCUCCUGGAUAAGAUAUGGGAGUAUCUUAAUUUAACUCGCAUAUACACAAAACCAAAAGGGAUGAACCCAGACUAUGAAGAUCCUGUUAUCCUGUCAUCGAAGAGAAGGACAGUUGAGGACUUCUGCACUCGAAUUCAUAAAGACAUGCUUAAACAAUUUAAGUAUGCACUUGUAUGGGGAUCAAGCGUAAAACACAAGCCUCAAAGAGUUGGCAAGGAUCAUGAACUUGAGGAUGAAGAUGUUGUUCAGAUUAUCAAGAAAGUGUGAUUUGAGGAUAUUGGAAUUUAUGCCUUCUUGUUUUAGGAAUCCCAUGAAUCAUAUUGCUCAACAUUGUAAGCUGCUGCCAUUUAGGUUGUGGAGCUGGAAAUUAGGUGAAAAACGUGACAGCUUGAAUGUGUAAUUAAAAGCCAUUUUGUUGUCAAGCUCUUGUGAUCUGAUUAUCUCGUUCCCCUUUUGCUUUGUUGCGAUACACUACUAAAAUACUAUAGAACUAGUUGGAAAUUUUCAUCUUUUCUAAGUUAUGAGAGAAAUGGCAUUAGUCACUAUAAUAA